AUGAUAAUUCUUGUGCCGGAUAAUUGUAGGAUGAAGGAUGGGAAAAUUGGUUAUCGAACUGUGGAUAUUCAGGAUGGUACAGUUCAUGGUAUUGGGGAGCAUAAUUUCCCAUGGCUUGAAGUUGACGUCAAUGAAUUUGAUAUUAGUUCAUUGGAGUUUGAUCCUGGAUUGCGUAGUCAGAUAUGGGAUUAUAAUGUUAAUCAACAGGAUGAAAUUCGAAAAGCUUACAUUAAAGCUGAUGCAGCAUUUUGUCUACCAUGCUUUCUCUUUAAUAAGCCAUCUGGGCAUCCUGCGCAACGUGUAUUCACUAUAGAUGGAUUCAAGAGUUUGAAGAAAGUUAGAGAAGGAAAAAAUUGUGCUUUUCUCAAUCAUAUAGGAAAAUAUCCUAAUUCAUUUCACAGAAUUGCUGAAAGGUCAUACGAAGACUUGAAGAACCAGUCUCAACACAUACAAAAUGUGUUUGAAAAUUUCACUUCUGAACAAAUUGCAAACAAUCGACUGCAGUUAAAAGCCUCAAUUGAUGUUGUUCGAGUGCUUGCAUUUCAAGGUGUUGCUUUUAGAGGUCGGGAUGAAAGUGUGGAUUCAACGAAUCGUGGAAAUUUUCUUGAAAUAUUGAAUUUAAUGGUUUCAUACAAUGAACAGAUUGCUGAAGUAAUAGCCAAAGCUCCAAAAAAUGCCUUUUAUACAUCACCAAUGAUACAAAAAGAAAUUUUACAUAUUUUUUCAACCAAAGUGAAGGAGGCAAUUCGUAAAGAAAUUGGUAAUGCAAAAUUUUGCAUAAUGGUUGAUGAAGCUCGUGAUGAGUCAAUGAAAGAGCAAAUGGCUAUAGUUUUAAGAUUUGUCGACAAAGAUGGUUUUGUGCGAGAACUGGCGGCAUCAAAAGAAGUUAUUCCUGUUCAUCAAUUUUUCACUAAUUUGAGUUCUAUUGUCAAUAUUGUUUGUGCCUCAUGCAAUCGAUUUGAAGAAUUGCGGAUUUCCCAAACUGCUGAAAUUGCUUACUUAAUUGAAAUUAAUGAGAUUGAGAGUGGGAUGAGACUUAAUCAAAUUAUUAUUCUUAAAAUCAUUAAUGUGGGAACUACUUCUUCCCAACGAGCAGAAGCAGAUUCAGUUUAUCAGUUGGUAAACAAGUUUUAUCCGCAAGAUUUUACUGAUCUUGAAAAGGAACAGUUGGAAAUAGAACUUAACCAUUAUAAGCAUAAUGUAGUUCAACAUUCGAGUUUCCAAGCACUGUCAAAUAUUUCUAAAUUUUGCCAAUGGUUGGUUAGUACCGGAAAAUCAGCUAUCUACGAACUUGUUUUUCGAGUUAUUGUACUUGUGCUUACUCUUUCCGUUUCUACCCCAACUACAGAACAAGCAUUUUCAGCUAUGAAUAUUGUCAAAACUAGGCUUCGCAACAAAAUUGAAGAUGAGUUUCUGAUGGAUUCUUUAAUGGUGUACAUCGAAAGAGAAGUUGCUACAACAAUUAGCAUAGAUUCAAUUAUAGAUGAUUUUCGAGAUUCAAAAAAACGGCAAGUUCCAUUUUGA